GACAUGCUGGGAACUCGUUGGCGGCAGUAGGGCGGUUGCCGGGGCAACGGGACGCGGAGUGGGCGGACAGCGGCCUGGAGAUGGCGCGGAGCGGCCCGGGGUCGGCGGGGAAAAAUCCCCCGGAGAGCGGCCUGGAGCCGGCGGACAGCGGCCCGCAGCAGGAGCGCGACCUUCGGCGGGAACACGCGCCUGAAUCAACGAAGAUGGUAGGGAUUUCCACGUCGCUGAUUGCUGAGAGAAAUUUACUUCUGUGUGCCGGGGAAUACAAACUGGAAGAUAUAAAAGAAGCUCUGACAAACCUGAUGACUGUUCGGUUGGACCGUGAGAAUAUCAACGUCCUUGGAAAUUUUGAGCACUUGGAAAAUACCAGCAGUCUUUACCUCCAACAGAAUCAAAUUACGAAGAUAGAACAUUUAGAAUCACUUCAAAAUUUAAGAUUUUUGACCCUGGCUGGCAACAGAAUCCAGAAGGUGGAAAAUCUUAAAUGCUUACAGAAAUUGGGAUUCUUAGACCUCUCAAAUAAUCAGAUUGAACAAGUGGAUCCAGGUGAAUUUCCAGAGAGCCUUAUAAUUCUGAAUAUGUCGGGCAAUGGAUGUACAAAACAGGACGAGUACAGGGAGCAGAUGAUACAAACUCUCCCUGCCCUGCAGCAACUCGAUGGCGUCUUUGUCCAAAGAAGGAAAGAUCCAAACGAAGCUGAUGAAGGUGGAGACAAUCAGGAUUCUGAGGGUUCCGAAAAUGAGGAGGAUUCCGAUGAACUGCACGACUCUGAGUCUGAAAAGAUGCAUCCACCACCUGACAUCUCCUAUUCAUCAGGAAAAGUUAAAGAAUUCUUCGCCGAGCUUCACAAAACAAUGGUCCGUCGGUCUCAAGAGCGGAGGAAGGAAGUCGAAAAAAACCACGAGACGAGGCUGAAUGAAAUGCAUGAGAUCCGUAACCAGUUGGCACGGAUGCGAUGCGAACUGAUAGGAGCGAACGAGAUGUCUAGUUAUCCAAAGAGCGAACCAAAUUGUGUGCGAAAAGGGGAAGGUGAACAAAAUGAAGAAGAUCAGGCUUAGGCUGAAAUCUUGGCUUGAGAAUCCACGGCUGCUGUUGUCACAUAUAUAACUGGGAAACUAGUUCAAUCAGUUUUAACUACUUCAGUUGGAAGAAUUAAUUUUUAUCCGGUUCAUACUUAUCAGAAAAGAAUUCUGAUCAUUUUCAAAAGACCAGUGAAGAAUUGGGGCAGAGCAAUUUUGUCAUUGAAGGGGUCGGAAAUUUAUUUGAAUCAAAUUAAAAUUGAAAGAAACCUCUUCCCUUAAUCCCCACCUUUUCUUUGCCUCGCUAGAUAAAUCUUCUGGCCUGUGUGUACAUAAGCCCAUGUUCUUUCUGUAGAGGGAGUGAAGGAUUUACAGUGCUCAGUUGUUCAAGCUGUAAAUACUCUGGAUGGUUCUCUAUUGAGCCGUAUAAUUCAGGUUGAUCUCAGCUUCAUCUCGGAGAGAUUCAAUAACUUGAGGCUCGGAUGAGAUGUGUAUUCGGUGAAUGGAAUGAAAUAUUUUAUUGUCAUAGGUGACUAGGCACAGUGAGAUUCUUUCCUUGCAUACUUGUCAAAACCCCUCAAGUUAAAACUCUGCUAGUAUUAGCAUUGCAUAAACUGUCAUGCUCCUCAUAACCUCGUUCCAUUUUCAUCUGUCUCAAGCAAUAUCACUUUUCUUUUCUCCAUAAUGUUUAUUUAACCUCUUUAAAUAUCUCAGCUGCCCAUCCACGUAUUUUUGUCUUUUUCCAAUUUGUCAAACUAAGGAGAAAACUUGAUGAAUUUGACGUCUACCAAGUGGACAUCUCCUCCAAGCCUCAAUAGUUAGCGGGCCUCUCAGACAUCAACCCUAGGUCUGUUCCGGGAGCCCAUCGCCAUAUUUUUCCUUUAUCCAAUUUGUCAAAGUAAGGAAUAAAGCUGAUGAGUUUUGACAUCCAUCAAGUAGACAUCUCCUCCGAGCCUCAAUGGUUAUUGAAUCUCUGAGAUGAAGGAUAGAGCAACCUGAUUUAUAUGACUCAUUAGAAAACCAUUCAGAGUAUUAACACCUUGAAUUUACACCUCCAUAUCUCAAGAGUUUAUUGAAUCUAUCAACAUGCUGCGCCCUUUAUUUUUUUUAAAGUUAUAUCUUAAAUCAACUGUAUGUGUAAAUCUGUUACUGAUUCCAUCCAAAUAGUUGCCAUGCUUUACCAUAGUUUCUUGUUGGUUGUUUUUCUAUCUCUGGACAUUGUGGAAAAAAAGACUACAAUUUUUGGCCCUCCCCAACUCUAUUUGAGGAACAAUUCUCUCAAAACUGCACUCCUUCUACAAUAUUUACAGUGGCACUUUAUGUGUCACCUGUACCGAGGUACAGUGGAAUUCAUUUUUGUAAACGGUUCAGUACAAGUAUCACUGUACAUAAGCAUUUAGAUACGUCUUAGAUAAGCAUCUCAGAUACAGUACAAGUGUACAGCAGUAGUACACUGAAGAGCCUGUCCCACAAGCAUGCGACCGCAUGCGGCAAGCGCGAGCUAACGUGGUCGCUUGUGCCGUACAGCCUCGCGGGGUCGGUCCCACUUCGAUCGCCGGAGCCGUAUGCAGAGCUGGUCCCGAAAUUGCGCGGGGCUCCGAAAAACUGACUGUCCAAAAAUUCCGCGUGGCAACGGCCUGCCGGCUCGCGGCCGCAGUGAGGCCA